AAUGGCCUGCAUUUUAUAGUUAAUAGUUCAACAUCAGGAGAGCAGUGACGUGAUCUAUCUUCCCAUUGUUACACCAGAUAUAUCAACAUCUUAACAGUCGGCAUUCCAGUGAGAGCAGACUUUGAACAUUUCUAUUGGCUCUUUCCCAGACGGAUUUGUGGCUUGGUGAAAAAAAAUCCAUCUGGCAGUGUGAGUGACAUUUUUCCUGGAAGAAAAGGAGCAGUUUGGGAAGUUUGGAGAACAUUUAUGGCCAAUGGGCAAGCUGUGGCUAUCAUUACGGCAAGCAUGAUGACUACCAUUGACCACUGGGGACCACCAGAGACCCCAGGCCAGCCGAGACUCACCAUGUUGAGUUUCUUGAGGAGGGGGAGGAGGCUGUGUAACUUGACUCUGGAUGAAAACUCUGCUCCUGGUUUGACUCCCAGUACUCAUGCUGGGAGCUGCAGAGGAGGCGCACGAUGGAUCCUCUGGUGCUCAUCGUGCUCACAUGUCUGCCCCUCGGCUCUGCGGUCUACAACGGGCCCCUCCAAGCCGAGAUCUCCAACGGCACCUUCCACCACUUCUACGUCCCGGACGGCGACUAUGAGGACACAGAGGACCCGGAAAAGUGCCAGAUGGUCUUUAGGUUCUCGGACGGAUCACCGUGCUCAAUCGCGGAGGAGGAGAGCGACUCUAUUGUGCGGGAGGAUCUCAUCCUCGCCCGCCUGCAGGGGGAGGACGCGGCGCGGCUGCUGGAGAGCAUCGGGCGGACUGCGGCCAAUGACCUGGACGGAGAGGACAGCUACGGACGCUUCCUCCGGAGGGAAAUCUCUCAGAUUGGAGAGGCUUUCUCUGGCGUGGACAAAUCUCUGGAGGAGCUGGAGGUGAAGUUCAAGCAAAGUCAGGAGAGCGAUCUGAGAGAGGAGCAGCUACUCAGCAGCUUUGUGCUCAAACAAGUGGGGGACGUGAAGGACACCCUGAGGGACACCAAGGACAUCUCAGCUGGACUGAGGGACAAACAGGAGCUGCUGUCUCUUAUUGUUCGCAGCCAUGGGAGCAGACUGAGCCGUCUUAAAACACAGUAUCUCAACCCAGGAUCAUAGUCUAAUCGUUAAAUAAGCUCGGUUUCUUCCUACUCCUUUUCGGACAUGAUUGGAGAAAGCAUCCAGCUUAAGUAUCUCCACUUCAUGGCAAUGUGUCAUCAACAACAUCAGCACAUUCCUCUGACUCAAGAGGCUUAAAAGGAAAUUAUUGGAAAAAUAAUGUUAAUAUUUUUACUUUAAUCAACUUUUGUGUGUCUGCUUUGUCCAUUAUAUUGUUUACAUUUUUCCAAUGAAAAGCGUUUUUUUACAUGUAAGUGGCAGACCUGUGUCCCUUUCAAGUGUCCCUUGUUAAUUGGCGUCUGGAUUCUGUCAACGUCCCCCACCUCCAUCUGGAAGCAUUUUACUUUGGAUAAAAAUACAUUUACUAAGAGACCUGUUAUUACCAACUGUUAGGAGUCACACUUAUGUCAAUGGAUGUGCUUGUCUUGUUUGUACAGUAUAUUUUUGUUAAAAGUAAACAAUGCAUGGAGAGUUAUUCCAACAUGGUGUUCUGUAUAUUUCAGUCUCGUUCUUUAAUAGGAAAAAUAACAUUGUAAAUAAAUUCCUCCAUUGUAAAACAGUAACAAAUUCACCAUCAAGCAAAACAACAUUAAGAGUUAUUCCUUAUACAUCAAA